UUUGAUUUCCUUCCGUAGUUGAAUUCCAGCGCACCGCCGCAGCAGCCUCUUCUUCAUUCUGACUCUCUCCAUCUCGCUCGCUCUGAUGGACUCUCUGCUAGCAAACUACGCCUCUUCCGACGAAGAAGAAGAUCAAAAACCCCACCACCACCAACUACAACCACCUCCAAACCCUUCUUCUUCUUCUUCUUCUCUUUUCUCUUCUCUGCCCAAACCCAAACCCGAACCUUCAUCCUUCUUCAAUUCCCUUCCUCCUCCAAAACAAACCCAAUCAAAUCCUCCCCACCAAGAAGACCAAGACUCAAAACCCACCUCAAGAUCUUCUUUUUUCUCCUCUCUACCCAAACCCAAACCCAAACCCUCCUCUCUCUUCCAAUCCCUUCCCAAACCAAAACAAGAAGAAGAAGAAGAAGACAUAAAACCCCCUUCUUCUGUUUUCUCUUCUCUUCCUCCCCCCAAAUCCCAAAUCCCUAACAAACCCGUCUCCAAUUCCUCAUCUUCUCCUGCCCAAAUCCCCAAAAGGGUCGUCCAAUUCAAGCCUCCCAUCAACCCAUAUUUCGCAAACUCUUCCCAUCUCGAAGACGACGACGAUGAGGAAGAAGAAGAAGAGAGGCGGCGGCGAAAAGCCUCGGAGGCCUCGUCGGCGCAACCUUUGUCCGUGACGUCGUUCUUAUCAGCUAUUCCGGCGCCCAGGAACUCGGGUGUGAAUUCCGGUUUAGGUUCCGGUGUAGGUUCCGGUAGGAGAGCCACCGUUGAAACAGAGUCGUUUGGUUCUAAAGUGGAGAGCGAUGUGGGUUUGGAUCGAAAUGAAAAUGUAGCAAGUUAUGAUGAUCCCCAAUCAAAUUUUGAUCCAAAUGCAGAAGGUUAUGGUGGGUAUGAGAGUUACCAAUAUGGUGUUGACCAAAAUGUGGAUUCUGGGGUUAGUGGCGGUGAUGGUUCGAGCUAUGGUAGUUACAGUGGUUAUGGUGGGUAUAAUGGUUAUGCUGGAAAUCAUGGGAACGAAUGGGCUGAUGGGUCGGGGAGUGCGGCGGCAAUGGGUGUGUCAGGUGAUACUGGGGUUAAAGUGAGUGGGAAGAGGAGGAGGAAUGAUGUCCCAACUGAAAUACUUGAGGUUAAGCAGGAUGAGUUGAUGAAGAAUCGGCCGAGGGAGGACCAAUCCAAGGUGACCGGGAUAGCUUUUGGGCCUUCUUACCAGCCUGUUUCGACGAAGGGGAAGCCGACAAAGCUGCAUAAGAGGAAGCAUCAGAUUGGUUCUCUGUACUUUGAUAUGAAGCAGAAGGAGAUGGAACUUCAGGAGCGGCGUUCAAGAGGCUUCCUUACAAAAGCUGAAACACAAGCCAAGUAUGGAUGGUGAUCCUGGGAAAUAUCAUAUUCUCAUUCUGCGACCAAUUUUUUAUAUUUUGUAUUCUGAAACUGUAUUUUUGAAAAACGUGAGACAGAAGAUAGGAACUUUUCUCUUCAUUUCUGUUUCUUCAAGUAACUACGCUUGUAUCAUUGGCAUUUCAGAAAGAAAAUUUAAAUGUUUAUAUGGCAA